CCCCCGCCAUUCGGCGUCCCUGGGUAGUGUUUUGGGGCGUAUCGUUCUUUCUUAGUUACAAUUAACAAAACAUCUUAUUUGUUAUUCCAGAUUAUCGGGAAAGUAGCUGGCGUCACUCAAUUUAAUAAGGAGUUAGAACGACGUUAUAUCAAGGAGAUGAAACUUCGAAAACGUCUUCACAAUGAACUGGUCGAUCUCAAAGGCAAUAUUCGCGUGUAUUGCCGGGUCAGGCCAUUCAUUUCUGAAGACGGUGUCGGAGUUUCAUCUCAAACGCCGACCAUAGCAUUCGACCACAGUGAUGACAGUGUACUCAAUGUGACAAACAAAGGCACUGUCAAACACUUUGAGAUGGAAAAGGUUUUUCAACCCACAUCCACGCAAGAUGAGGUACGUGUCUAUGGAACUUAGCUUAAAUAAUCGACUUUUUGUCAUGGAAAGUCAGAGUUUUGAUUGGUUCUGAGAAUAUAAGUUAAGAGAAAAAAUUCUGCAGAAUCCCCCGGUGCACGUGGACAAAUGACUAGGGAAUCAUUCCGAUUGGUCAAGAUAAACAAGAUAACAACUUUCUCAGCAAAGUUGUUCUAAGUGUUAGUAAAUAGUUGACUGGCUUGAUCAGUCGCACAGCUCGUCACUAGGCAGACAGUAACUUACCAUGGUGAGCAUGACGCUGUCAGUCAAUCAGUGGAGAGGUUCAGAUUUGACUUCCACUACCGCUACCAUUAGGGAACCAUUAACCAACCAGAUGCGUUUAAUCUACCCGAUUAACCAAUCAGAUGCGCACAGAGCAAGUGAGAGAUAGCGGUAGUGGAAAUAAAAUCUGAACCGCUCUUAAAUUCACCCACUGUGACCGUGACGCUCCAUGUGUGGGAAAAUGAGCCAAAGGAUAAACAAGAACGAGAGAAGGCUUGUAUAAUUACUAACCAAAUAGGUUUUUAGCUAUUCUGUGAAGCGUGACUAUCUUACGAAACCCAUGCAUCUACUGAGAAGUAAGAUCGAGAUAUUGUUCUACACAGCAGUAACAAAUACAGUUCUAUCUUUCUAGGUAUAUUCGGAAGUUCAAGAACUGGUUGUGUCUUGUUUGGACGGAUAUAAUAUUUGCAUAUUUGCCUAUGGACAAACGGGAAGUGGGAAAACCUUUACGAUGGAGGUAAGAAAUGGCGUCUAGAAACAUUUUUCUACCCUCGAAAGUUUCAUUGCGUUUUUUAGGAACAGAUAUCUGGAUUAGGGUUUUUUCACUGACUAAACUGUAAGUCAACAAGACUUAGGGGACCACUUUUUGUAGAAUAAUAGUUACGCGUAUAAUAUAGCUACACUCAUGUAUAUAUUUUACUGUUUGACGCCUUUUGAUGAAGACUUGAAAAGGCAAACUAAGGAUUCGAAGGACCCCAAGGACGUUUCCCUGUUUGGAUAAUUAUCAAAUAAUUCAAAUUUAGCGUCAGGACGAGAACGCGAUCAUCAGAUGAACGGUCAUUCGAGUGAUUUUGUUUCAACACACGAGAUGCAGAUCGUUUGUUUCACGUUUUGUUUGCCUUUUGUUUUCUGUUGUUGUUGUUGUGAAUAUUUCCCUUCUAUUUGUUUUAGGGACCCGCUGACAACCCUGGAAUUAAUCAGCGAGCUCUCCGUCACUUAUUCCAAUCCAUCGAAGAACGGUCAAGGGACUGGGUCUACUCGGUCACAGUCAAUGUCCUGGAGAUCUAUAAUGAGGCAAUCCGGGACCUUCUGUCGAGCGAGCAGACCCAGAAGCUGGAGAUGAAACUCGGUGCUGAUGGGCUAAAUCACGUGCGUGGCCUGACUGAUUUCGAAGUCGACAAUAUUGACCACGUGAACGAGGUAUGAUGCCAUAUGAUUACAAUAAAAAUUUGUCUGACAUGUUCAUUUAGAAAACAUUUCCUUUACCCCGGGCUAACCGGCGAUUGGUUGAUCCCUUGCAUCAGGCUUGUAUUUGCACUGCUUCUCUCCAAGUGUAGAGAGAUUAUAAACAAGUCGUGUUUUCAUCUUGUAACGUCCUUGACGGCUGCUUGUCUCUGGAAAGUUGUUACAUGAUUGUGACCAUUCAGUUCUUGUAGUUACGUGGGAAUAUCAUGUCACCAUAAGAAAUCACACGAUUUGAUUUAAACAGCAUACGCGUGAGCAAAACAACGGAAGGUUGUUACCCAUACUCGUACUCGUCACCAAAUAUAAAGUUCUCUCUUGCAUCCAUGCUGUGACUUAUUUAUUGGUUAGUGGAACUUGUUAAAUUUGAUUAAUGAUUUUAUGGUUAUGUUUCAGUUGUUUGCGUUUGGAAAGAAAAACAGGGCCACUGCAGUAACGAGUAUGAACGAGCACUCCAGUCGCUCCCAUGCAAUAUUACGUGUAACAGUCAGUGGCACCCACAAUGCAUCGGGGACAACUAUAACGGGUAACUAUUGUUUUUAUUUGUAAAUUAUCUGCCCAGAAAUAAUUCUCAGAAAGAGUAACUGGCAAAGCUUGCCCAAGUAUAUAUAAGUGUCUUACUUAUUACCACCGCAUGAAAGUUUAACUGUUUAAGCGCAUUACGGUCACUGAAAGGUUUAAUACUAAACUUAUAACUAACUUUAUUUAUACUGGAUAGCCGCAUUAUUUUUGUCGAAACUCUUCUCCUUUGAUAUUUAACUGAUAUAAAGGGCAAUACGACGCAUCAAUUAUACGAUUUUAUUAUAUAAAGUAUAGUGCUUUAUAGAGAUUUCGAGCUCUGAUAAAACUGAUGUGAGAUUAUUUAUGAUAAUUUCACAUGUGAAAAUUAUCGCUUUUCUAUUAUCGCUUUUCUGUACAAAUUAUCGCUUUUCAAAGACUGUCCCUUAUAUAAUAAAUAGAAUAAUACAUGGGUGCUUGGAAAUACCAGAUUUAUUUCUCGUGUUUAACAUGAUAUCAUGUUCAACACUAAAACAAAAUCUGGUAUUUCCGCGCACCCAUGUAUUAUUCUCUAUGUCUAUUGCGGGGCUUGAAUCCCAGUCGCAGAUGGGAAAUAACAAAUGUGCAAUAAUUGCACUAAACCCUCACAGCUAAACAUUGUACUGCCGACACCCCCUUUCAUAAACUCAGGAGACUGUGUUUGCUAGGCUCUUUUUCUCUGUAGCGAAUUAAACUUGCUAAUUAAGUACAGUACUCACAAGUCGAAUCUGUUUUUUAGGUAAGCUGAACCUGGUCGACCUGGCAGGGAGUGAGCGAGUUAACAAGAGUGGCUCAGAGGGACUGAGGAUGAAAGAGGCUCAAAAUAUCAAUAAGUCUCUUUCAUCUCUUGGUGACGUUAUCCACGCUCUAAAGAACAAACAUGGUCACGUUCCCUACAGAAACUCAAAGCUAACGUUUCUGCUUCAGGACUCGUUAGGUAAGCAACUAUAUCUUACAUUUUGUUUGACGAAUUAGGUUUGCUUUUUCAUUCAAAAUGAGAAAAUUUGAACUACAAUAUUAGUAAGGUAAGUAAAAACGCACGAAUUGUUAUAGGCCUAGAGAAGUCUUCGACAGUUGUUCCAAAAAAUUGAUAUCAAAUUAUGUUCAAUAAUGUUCCCUAAUUGUUAUAAAAAGUGGUUAUUAACUGCAGCGGACUUUUCACGACGAAAUGUAGAAUACCCAGUUGCAUGUGUCCAGGUCUGCAAUGCGUAUAAUGCAAAGACUCUCGUGCUAACACUCACUUGCCAAUUCUCAUCGAUUCCCAAACACCUAUCAUUCAGUCCUUAAUUUGCGACUGUAAAAGUACUUGUGUAAAAAUAUUUUUUUCUUAAAGGUGGAGAUUCCAAAACACUGAUGGUGGUGCAAGUUUCGCCAGCACUCAAGAAUGUUGGUGAGACUUUAUGCAGUUUAAACUUUGCGCAGAGAGUGCGAAUGGUCGAGUUGGGACAGGCGUCGAAAAAGAUAGAGACUGCUGACCAAAAUGUAAGUAAAAUAAGUAAAAUAUUCUCCGGCAGGAUAUAGGACCUAAAGUCGCAGAUGCUUCAAGCUAAGCCGAAAGUAAUGCUUUGAUUAGUGUUAGGAUAUAUGAAUAUCGCAAAGGCCAUGGUCGACAUUGGGGUUAUGGUUUCGGUUAUGAUGGGGGGAAGGGCAACUCCUCCCUCCACACCAAUUAGGGCAAUGAUUUCUAAAAGCUUUUGAAUGAUAGUUCAUGUAUAAAUACUAAAGUGAUGCCAAUGUACAGUGUAUGAGUAAAUAUCGGGAUUUUCUGCAUCUCAAGCUACGUUUACACAUUUCAGGUUUACACAUUUCAGGUUUACACAUCUCAGGUUUACACAUUACAGAGUUUACACACUCAAGCUACGUUUACACAUUACAGAUUUCAGGUUUUUCCGAAUGUUAACGACGAAUGUUAGAUGACGUUGACAGCGUAUUUUUCAAAUAUCAUUUAAUUAAAGCUGAAUCGGCCCGAUUAAUCAUUGUCUGUAAACGUACCUUCACUCGAUAUAACUAAUUGUUGAGCGCGACAACUGUCUCUCUGAAGCCCAGUUGGUUAGAGCUGCACCGGAAUCGCAGAGCUGCGGUUCGAUUCUUGCCAGAGGCUCAAUGCCCAAAAUCCUAAAAAACGUUACAAAACAAGAUUUCCAGCUACGAAAUUAUCUUCCAGUAAUUUUUGAAUUUCGGUUUCGCCAAGGUUGGCGAACCUUUCAGUGGAAGAAGCCAUUUGUAUUUUAUUUGUAUUAAGAAAAAAACAAUUUCUUAGUCCUUCGGCAGCCGUCGUCGUCGUCAUAUCAAUGGCGUCAGCGAGUCAAUAUGAUUCUCGUCGUCAUAGUAAUAUGGCGCAAACGUGUCCAAAUUUUUUUCAUAUUGACUCUUUGACGUCAUUUUGCUAAUAUGAAUGUGAAAAAUCCGUAUAUGGUUAGCCAUUGAGUUGAUAUGACAAUUUCACAGUUGGCUGUUAGCCAAUCAGAAACCAGGAAUAUUUUUUUAAAAAAAAAAUUAUUUUGCUGCAUCUUUUACCAGAUAGUCUUGUUUAGACCAACCACAGCCGAGCGACUUAAAAUUUAACCCUUCUAUUAACUGUGGUGACGCGCAAGAUGAUUUUACCAAAUUGUCGAAUGUCAAGGGCCGGAGACGUUUGGACGUUGAUGGGCUAAUAAGCAGAAACAUUAACUGUAAUUCUCAACUUUGUUUUUUAGCCGACCACACCAAACAAGACAAAACGAAACGCUACGCCACGAAGAUAACAUCACGGGUAGGUUAGCAAGAUAUCGGACAAAGACAAUAUAUAGAAUAAUUUCAUGUCACGUCUUGCAAGGAAACUAGGAUAAAUUAAUUUUAUAUUGCUGAGUAUAUACAUCAGGGACGUCUUGGGGAGGGGGGAGCUAGGGCCCCCAAGUAACAAUGUGAAGUUGGAGCAGCCUUUUCGAUUGUUGUUCCAGGCAAUGAUCGCUUGCAUUGUCCGCAUUCCCCGUCGCUCUAUCGCAGUUAGCCUUUCUCACGCAGCCAUUUUUGGGUGGCUUUAGUGAGCCGACGUUGCGAGGCAAGUCCACAUAACAGCGACUUUUUAUAUUUUUUUGGACGAAUGAUGGUAAAUUUGCUUUGUACGUAAAUGGUUAGUUUAUUUUAUUUGUUUUAAUUGUCUGCAUUGCAUGGUUAACGAGAAUUAGAUGCCACUCAAAAAUGGGGGAUAUUCGUCAUCGUGAGAAAGGCUAAUUGGUUCCUAGAAACUAGACUGACUCAGAAUGUUAAAAGUCAUUUUGUUUCAUUUUCUAGAACUUGGAACAUUGUUUGGUAUUGAUACCUGGGAGCAUGCGUAUUGCCUACAAUAGAUGGAUAUGAGACCUGAUUACGUCAAUUUUAUUCCAAGUUCGAAUGAUGUUCAGUGAAUCAUACCCCGAAGUCGUGGGAAAACGAUGCAUUUUAUGUGUAUAUAAUUAGACGCAAUUUAUAAAAUUCAAAUAUUAAUUACAUUCUCCGAAGAGAAAAAUUAAUAUUGUUUAUAUUUUUGAAUCUACGAAGUAGAUUAUAUGCUAUCGACGUGUUAACUGUUCACUGUUAACUUAGCCAAUCAGCGACCAGUAUUACCAAAAAUUAUACGUGAUUACAAAUCACCGGCUUGGUCGCGAGACAAUCC